GAUCUCCGGCACUGUUGUUUCUGGUGCGCUCGCGACUCGCGUUUGUUUCGACAAUCGAACGUCGCGUUAUUUUGUUUUUUUGCAAAGGCGCGAGGUGCGUUUGUUUUUCCUCUCCACCCACGCGAUGACAAAAGGGCAACGUCGUCAUGGGUAACAAGAUGUGUAAGAAGAAAUCGGACGCAGUAGAUGGAGAUGUGAGGAAUACGAGAAAAUCGCCGUGGAAGAUUGGGAAUAUCAUCAAUAGAAUCAAUUUGAAACCCACUGCAUGGAAGUCAGAAUCUCAUCUGAACCAGAAACAAGCAAGGUCUGAAAACGAACUGAAUCGAAAAGGAGAUAGCAUAUUCUACACGAAACCCAUAUCGAAAUCGUCAGAUUGGACCGAAGUGGAUCUAGUAGUUCCCUCCAAGGAUGAAGACCACGUCCAUCUAAGAAACCCAAAACUCAGCCUUAUUUUCGAUAACGAACAUGGAACCCCAACGCCACCCCCUCGAAAAAACAGUCACAAGGGUACCAACAUCAGAGAAAAAAUCGAAAGGAUCGCCAGAAGUGGACUGCAAGCCCUCCAAGGUGACAAGAACAACCAAAAACCUGUUGAAGAACCUAUAUUAGUGAAGAAAAAAAUUAACUACGUCUGCCCACAAUGUGAAUGUGACGAAAAAAAUCAUAACAGAGACCACCAUCACCAUAAUCCAGCAAAGAACAUAGAUUCAGAUAAAGAUAAGCGAAAGAAAAACUUAUCUGUGAUCUCUUUACCCAACUAUACCGAUUUAAAACUAUCUGUUGCAAAUCCAGAAGAAAAAUCUUCCUCUACGACAGGUUUAAAUUCAUCCAGACUAAGUCUUCAAGGGCCUGGAAGCAAGAAACUCAAUUCCAGUUCAUCUACUGGACGUUUAGAUUCGUAUAUCUCUCGCUGUAGAAGCUUUGGUUCAUUAUUACCACAACAACUGAAGAAACUGAAACAGCAGCCUAAAGUUGAGAAGAAAGAAGACGUCACAUCAGAUGAUUCUUUCGGUCCUCUUGAAGACUGGGACCUGGGACUCAUAGAACACUACAAUCCCAAAGAAGCUAGUCUUCCCAGACCCAGAAAACCACCUCCAAAAGCAGACAGUGAUGUGUUAUCUGGUAUUGAGGGCUUGAUAGUUAAAGAAGAAGAUAUUGAAACAACCAGACCUAAACCUCCAGUGAGGAGGACAGAGUCCCUGGUGAAGAAAGCGUCUCAGAAAGGUUCCCAACAAGCGGCUGUGAUAAGAAAAGCACCUGAAGAGGUCUGUUUAACACCUCCCCCGAGUCCUGAAGCGACCAGGAAAGAAGAAGCUACCUUCAAACCACCGGUCCCAAUUAAAAGAAUCUCUAAAGAUGAAGUAACUGUAGCUCCGAAUGAAUCUAAACCAGAUGAUAAUGAUCAUUCGAGUUUGAUGAGAAUAUUACAAGAAUUCAGUAUAAGAGAUAAACAAGAACAAGCUGGUAAGGUAGAGGCAGAAAGCAACUUAUCGUCGCUUACGCCAUCUUUAGUAGAAUUUGAGAAGAAUCUUAGUGCAGGAACUGGAGUGGAGGAUUUUAUUAACGCUGAAAAAAGUCACACGAGGGCAGUGUUGAGUUAGAACUGCUAGAAUUUAGAAUAAUUUUUAAGUAUUGUAAAGUUUUUAUUAAUUGUUUUUAGUGUAAUUUAUUAUUUUUAAUUGUGGUUUAAGAAAUUGCGUAUUUAAUGUAAAUUGAGAAACAAAAUGACUAGAACUGCUAAAUAUACAUAUUUGUUUAUAG